AUGUCAAACGAAAUCCUCAUCACGGGCGCCGGCGGCUUCGUCGGCCAGGCCCUCGUUUCCGCCCUCGUCAACAACAACCCCGCCAACAAGCUCACCAUAACCGACGUCGUCGAGCCGCCAAUCCCCGCAGACGUGGCAGGGGAGAGCGGCAGAAUCACGUCGCUGAAGGCCGACCUCACCGACCCGGCGGCGGUGUCGUCUCUGCUCUCGAAGCCCUUCGCCGCCGUCUACCUCCUGCACGGCCUGAUGUCGGGCGGAGCCGAGGCGAACCUUGAACUGGGGUACCGAGUCAACUUUGACUCGGUGCGGGCCGUCCUCGACCACCUCCGCAUCAACUACCCCGGCACCACCGUCGUCUUCACCAGCUCUUGCGCCGUGUACGGGCCCCGUCAGCCGGUGACGGAGAGCGGUGUGGUGCCGAAGCCGAAGACGUCGUACGGAACGCAGAAGCUCAUGAUCGAGCUGAUCCUCGAGGAUUACUCCCGCCGUGGGUUCCUCGAUGGCCGUAUUGUCCGCCUCCCUACUGUUACUGUCCGACCUGGUGCUCCCUCUGCAGCAGCCUCAAGUUUCGCGUCUGGCAUUGUCCGUGAGACGCUCAAGGGUAUCAAGAACGUCUUGCCGGUCAGCCGUGAUCUCGAGGUCUGGGUGUGUAGUCCCGCGACGGUCGUCAAGAACCUUGUGAAGGUGAAGGACAUAUCGAAAGAGAAGUUUGGAGACUCCAGAGUGGUCAACUUGCCCGGCAUCACAGUCACCGUGCAGGAGAUGCUGGAUGCUGUGGAGAAGGUCGGUGGAAAGGAGGCUCUGUCGCUGAUUGAGGAGAAGAAGGAUCCCGCCAUCUUGGCAAUUGUAGACACAUGGCCGGCUCGCUAUGAUGUCAGUCGUGCUUAUGGACUGGGCCUGGAUCCCGAUGGAACGUUUUUGGAGGCUGUCGAAGCUUUCGCCAAGACGUUGCAAAAAUGA